AAAUUUUUAGUGGUAUUUUUGAAUUGUCAAUGGUAAAGCCACACAAGUUGCAAAUGACAACAAAAAUAGGGAAUAUAAGAAAAAAUAAAAUAUAAGAAAGAAUAUAGUUUUUGUCUAUAAAAGACAAUAUUUGUCUUGCAAUUAAAUCCCCAUCGUAAUGGGUAAGCACAGAACAGCGCAACAGGAUGCAAUCUUCGUAGCAUUCAUGGAACGGCAUCCAAUCAUCUCGAAAAAUUAUCUUAAAGGCGACAAGCAAGUUGCGGAGGCAGCGUGGAAGAGAUUGUCAAAUGAGCUAAAUAGUGUUGGACCCCCUGUCAAGGAAGCCAGCGAAUGGAAACGGGUUUGGAAAGACUGGAAAAGUUGUAUUCGAAAAAAAAUUACUAAUAAUCGGCUAGAGGACCCUAAGGCUACUGGCAAAGGAUCGCUAUACCAAGAUACUCUCACUCCCCUGGAGGAUGCAGUUGCUGUAAUCUGCGAUUUAUACGAUAUGGCAGACACCAUCGCCGAAGCCUGCCCCAGGGCUCAAACUGAAAUAAGCCACGGAGUUUCUCUAAAAUGCAUAAAAACCGACCAAGACGAUUCCACGGUGACAGAUAAUCAAGAGUAUGAGGAUGAAGAUUGCUCCAUCAAUAUUAGACGUAUAGGUGUUCCAUUAGAGCAUAGCUUUAGCGCUAACACAUCACAGACUACUCCUAAAAAAAGAAAGCGUAUUAAAGAAAAUGCUUCAGAAAUGGAACAAGAACGUUCUGUUCCGGUUCUUUUGGAUAUAGCAAGGGAGCUUAGUGAUUUAAAUAGACGAUCCCGUUUAAACGCCCAGCGAACUAAAGCUAACACCGAGGCAUUAUUAGCACUGGGUACGCAGAUAGCGGAUUUAAUGCAGCAGCAGUUAAAGGAACGUAAGCGACUUAACGCCAUAAUGGAGAAAUUUGUAAUGAAAAUGGAAUCCACCGACUAGAGCCAACAUACAGAUUGAAGAUGAUCGAUUAAAAAUAAUUUAAAAAUCCGUUAUUUCAAUUCGGUAUUAGCUAAUUAUCUUUGGUAAUAUAAAAAUAAAAAACUAUUAAAGAAUAUCUACUCUAGCAAGGGAUAAUUGUAUUUAUAUUCGUAAACUAAAUUAUCAGCAUUAAAAUCAACCCAUGAAGCGUCCGCAUUUGGCUUGCACCGCGGGUUUAAAGUUAUAGAAUUAAACCAACUUAUUAAAUAAGAAUUUUCCUGUUUAGCCCCAAAGUCAAGACUGGGAUUCAACAAAAUGUAAAAUUUUAUAAAGUAAUUUAACAAGAUCUAAUAUCGUAAGACAGUGUUACUUAAUAUCGAAAAAGUCAAAUAUUGUUUUCGGUAUACCGGUAGUAAUUCGCAAAACAAAUAAAAAACGGACAAAAAUUAAAAAAUAAAGUGUGUGUGUACAAUAAAUAAAAUAAAUAAUAGUCCGAACAUUAUUUAAAUGUGUGGGCGUGGCAGUGUUAGGCGUUACCUUGGGUGUCGCCUAGCUUUUGUCGGCAUAUCGAUAGAAAUUUGCAAGUCAAUAAUACGAAAAAUAGAGCGCUUUUCCAACGAAAGUCGAGUUGACUGAGAUUCUGAUAGAAAAACAAAACCAUAUUUGGCCAGAAAACAUCCAAAAUCUUUUUUUUUCGAAUCGCACUUGCUUUAUAGCCUUUAUAAUACACAAGGGCUUAGACGCAAAAGGAAAUAUUUUUUAUAUAAAAAUAUCUAAUUUAUACCAACAUUUUUUUUAAUGUAAAACAAAAAAUAUUACUGCCUACAUAUGCAAAAGUUCUCACUGUACGUUUAAUUUGAUUAUUUUUAUGAUAUCUAAGUUUCUUUAAUAAAUACGUUUUCAAAAUGUCGUUUAAACAUUUUUGUUCAAUUUGUUUUAGAAAUUCUAAAAAAAAAACAGAAAAUAUUUGUACAUAAUUUAGUGGUAAAUCUUCACAAAACUUGAUAUCGGAAAAUGUUUAAGAUUAAAAGGCUUCCUUUGUUUUUGUUUAAUAACAUUGUCAUCAAUUAAAGUGCAGGAAAGAUUUCCAGAAAGAUAACGGAUAAAACAAAGGGAAACAAUUAAAAAUAGUACUUUCACUUACCUUUGUUUAAUGAUUAAAUAACAUUCCUAUAAAUACUGUCACCAAAAUAUAUACAAAACGAGCGCCCGUUACAUGUAUUCAAUGCUUUUACACCGAAAGAACCGAGAACUGAACGCACAAACUAUAACUCCAGCCCGGAAUCAAAGAACUUUAAAACACAGUUCAUCAAGAUUAGGUAUUCAUCACCAAAAAAAAUUCUCACACGACGCGUGCAUAUCUCGCGCUUGCACUUUUUUCAAGAAACGUCGUUUAAACAUUUUUGUUCAAUUUGUUUUAGAAAUUCUAAAAAAAAAAACAGAAAAUAUUUGUACAUAAUUUAGUGGUAAAUCUUCACAAAACUUGAUAUCGGAAAAUGUUUAAGAUUAAAAGGCUUCCUUUGUUUUUGUUUAAUAACAUUGUCAUCAAUUAAAGUGCAGGAAAGAUUUCCAGAAAGAUAACGGAUAAAACAAAGGGAAACAAUUAAAAAUAGUAUUUUUUUUUGACGUUUCUGGUGAAAGUACGGGAGACAGAAUGAUGAUUUCUGCCCCGCAUCCACGCAUUUAUUUGCCUGUGAUUACACAGAGUGCAAUAUCUAGGUACAAUUAUUUUCGAUUUUGAAUUUGUACAUUGUUGGGGAUGAGUGUUAGGGUUGGACAGGUGUGGUAGAUAUACAUGAUUUGGUAUUUUCUUAAUUAUAAACAUUGCGUGGAUGGUAACAUUAACAUAUGAUUUUUGUUUGUUUACAUUUUUAAGAGUUUCAGGCAAUUUGCAUGAGUCAAUUUAUUUGAGUUUAAAAUUGGUUUUAUUUAUAUUUUCAGGUACCCCCGCCAGAAGGACGGAAGCACCGAGCCUCAGGAAUCUUUGCCGGUGGGGAAUGGGAGCUGCUUGUCCCAGUUAUUUGCAGUCGCAGGCUGCGCGCAACUUUUGAAUUUGAGUUGGGCCAGCGUUUCUGUUCGGAUCCCGCGCCGCCGUCAAUUUAGGUUUUAAUUUGCAAGAGGCUGCCAACCCGCCCAUGGGUCUCAUUGCCAGCCUUCAAAUGGUCCAAAUCGCAGUGGAUUCCCGCGCCGCCGUCUAAUUCCAAGGUCCAGGGAGUUGCUGCAUUUCAGCUGGAGUUCUUCAGUGCGUAGUGGAUUCCCGCGUCGCCGUCUUAUUCCAGGGUCCAGGGAGUUGCUUCACUUCGGUUGGAGUUCAUCGUGUGUCGGCGAGAGCGUCGUCAUUGCUUUGGAGUCACCAGGGUCGUCGCUUCUGUGGGUCGUCUCGCCAGGGAAAGGAGGCAUCUUGUGGACGCCGGGCCAAGAUGCUUUGCUUAGGGCCGACGCUCGUAAGUGUCCAUGGAAUUGGAUGCAGAAAAUUGGAUUAGAUAAGUAUAUCUAUGUGUUUAGUUUUGUUUUGUCUGAUUUUUGUUUUGUCUUUUCUUUUGCAGGUCCAAUUCGUCCAGGAUUUUUCAUUUUUGUCCGGUGGGAUUUGGGAAGGAAUGCAUUGCCUUGGAUUUAUAAAGAGCAUCGUCGGAGGGAUAUUGUCAGUAUGUCGUUGCUACCAAGAAAAGGUGGAAUUUAAGGGUCAAGAUUUUGACCUUUUGUCGGGUCAACAGCGCCGCACUUGGAAUUCGUAAGGACGAGAGGGCUUCCCAACUUGGAAACGGCAUCAAAACAUUUUAGGUUUUUAAUGUUUUAGGUGCCGAAAUCGUCGUUUUUCAUUUCGCCGAGUCGGGAAAUGGGAUUUUGUCUGUUAACCGUUGCUGCCAGGAAAAAGUCGAAUUCAAGGGUCGCGAGAUUGACCUUUUGCCGGGUCAGCAGCGGCGCACCUAGGGUUCAGAAGGACGAGGGUGAACCCCAACAUGGAGACGGCAUCCAAACAUUAUAGGAUUUUAAUGUUUAAGGUGCCCAAAGCUUCGUUUUUCGUUGCGCCUAGUAGGGAAGUAGUAGGUUGCGUAGUUUUAUGCUUUUAUUAAUAUGUUUUCCUUUUUCAGGGAUAUUGUCAGUGUUAUCGUUGCUACCAGAAAAAGUCGAAAUUCAAGGGUCACGAUUUUGACCUUUUGCCGGGUCGGCAGCGCCGCACCGAGGGUCAAUAAAAUCGAGGGGGCUUCCUGGAAUAGGGACGGCAUCAAAACAUUGUGGAUUUUUAUAUAUAUAAUUAUAUAAUGCUCUGUUUUAUGUUUUGAUUAAAGUAUUUCAAUCUUUAACGGA